AUGCACAUCUUCGCAAGCCUCAGCGUCGCUCUCGCCCUAGCGGCAUCGGCCGCCGAGGCCGUCCGUACAAUGAUCCCCAAGACCUCCUUUAACUCCCAGGCCGACUUUGACGCUGACUGGAAUUACCUGUACCCGUGGGGAACUGACCACAAUGGCGGCGCACGGAUGGACAAAGCCCAGGUCGCCUUUUCUAACGGCCAGUUGACCCUCACCGCCAAGAAGGUAACAGGCCAGAAGGAUGCGUCACACGGCGGCAAGGCCAUCAAGAUCAACUAUCUGAGCGGAGCCAUCCACGCCAAGGAGCACUUCAACGUAUCACGGGGCGGGGGCUACGACUUCACAGGCGAGUUCAAGGCGACGACGACCAAGGGCACGUGGCCGGCGUUUUGGCUGACGGCCGUGGACGGGUGGCCGCCCGAGAUCGACAUGGCCGAGUGGAAGGGCAGCGGCAAGAUCAGCUUCAACACGUUCAACACCAGCUCGGUGCUGAGCUGGAAGGACGUCGACUACAAGAACCCCGGCGACUGGCACUCGAUCAAGUGCGAGCUCCGCGACGUCAACCAGAGGGACGUCCAGGUCAAGUUCUACAUGGAUGGCGCGUUGGUCACCACGCAGGUCGGCGGCAACUUCUUCGGCAAGCCUAUGUAUCUUAUUAUCAACCUUCAGAUGGAGGGCUCUUCUGGCUCGCCUGGACCGAGUAGCAAUACGCUCUACCAAGCACGGAAUUUGGAGGUCCUUAGUUACAAUCCUUAG